UGGGGGCGGUCCGCCAGUUCGUUUUACAUUGUCUCAAAUUUAAUAUAUUGUUUAGGGCUUUUCACGUUGCGGGUAUCAAUAAUGAUUUGGCUGACGCUCUGUCUCGUAUGCAGAUGGGGCGCUUCAGGCUGUUGGCACCCGGCGCGGACGUAUGUGCAGAGACCAUGCCAGACCAUCUCUGGAGGGUUGGAGAGACGAGACAGCGUUAGGUCUUUCUGGGCUGGCACAUAGAAGAAGGGUCCUGAUAUGCGGUCACAGUUUUGUCUUCUGGGCUGGCAGAGAGGCCAACAGGACUGCCUAUGGCCAGCAUUUGGGUCUUGCUUCCACGGCGGCGGUGGAAUGGAGAGGCAAGAGAGGCCUGCGUUGGGACGGUUUGUGCCCAUUGUUGUUCAGUGCCGGGAGUGUUUUGCCUCCUGAKGUUUUAGUUAUCCACCUCGGUGGUAACGAUUUGGGCCUGUUAACAGGCAAAGCCCUAUUUUUACAAGCUCGGGCUGACAUUAAGAAGAUUUGGUGGACAUGGCCUCGGGUUCACGUCGUUUGGUCCGCUAUUAUACCUCGUCGCAGGUGGUUAGGUGGAGGCGACGUGGGGAGGCUUGAAAAAGCCAGGAAGCGAGUGAACCGGGCCAUGCGUCUGUUCAUGGUAUGUCAGAGAGGUCAUUACAUUGAACACCCAAACAUCACACGUUUUGAUGAGGAGUUAUAUAGGGGUGACGGGAUACAUCUUUCAGAGCUGGGCAACCAACGUUUUUUAUUGAAUUUACAGGAUGGUAUUAGAGGGGUGCUUGAGGAAUUGGUGGGGGAUGGGGGCGAAAUAGACAUUUGCCCCCAAUCCGUGGCGUAAUAGAUAGGGUAAUUCCUUUAGUCGGUGUGCACCUAGGGCACCCCUUUAAGGGGUG